AUGACCAUAACCGACAAGACUGCGGCCUCACAGGACCUCUUCUCCGACUUUGUGAGCAGGGUGGUCCUGGCACUCAGCCGAGCUGACGCCGCCGUGAUGGGCGGGCUCAAGUGGCUUUUCGCGCGCAAGGAGAGCCAGCACGCGUUCUCCAGCGUCGCCCAGGGGCUGCAGCAGCUGUACAGCACGAAGAUGCUGCCGCUCGAGGAGGACAGCGGAUUCCAUCACUUCCACUCGCCCAGGCUCCCUGCGGCCUACUUCACCUCGAAGCCGGUUGUGCUCACAAUGGGCCAGUAUUCCACUGGCAAGACGACUUUCAUCCAGCACCUGCUGGGGCGCGACUACCCUGGCCUCCACAUCGGACCCGAGCCCACAACCGACAGGUUCGUGAUAGUCUGCGAAGGUGACCGAGAGCAGACCGUGGGAGGUAACGCUGCCAUCUAUGACGAAGCGUUGCCCUUUUCGGGACUCAGCGCUUUCGGGAACGCAUUCUUGGAUCGCCUGGAGUGCGCGAAGCUGCCGAGCCCCCUCCUCUCUGGGGUCACGCUCGUGGACACUCCGGGCGUCUUGUCUGGAGAGAAGCAGCGCAUCCAGCGCGGCUACGACUUCGAAGAGGUGUUGGCGCGCUUGGCAGAGCAGUCCGACAUGAUCAUCCUCUUCUUUGACGCGCACAAGUUGGAUGUCUCCGAUGAGUUCAAGCGUUGGGCGCGGAUUUAA